AUGCCUGGAUGUCACCAUUAUAGAACCUUAUGGUGGGAAAAGGGCGAUUUCCAUCAAAAAGCAAAUUGGGAAGAAGCAACUGAGAUAAGGCCAAUUUUGCUGCUGAAAUCAAGACUUCCGUACACACUUGCUGUUGGUGUUUCCUUGGAUGAAUAUGAACGGCGUUCGGACAAGUUUAACGUUCGUGGAUAUUGGGAAUGGAUCGAUUAUAAGGUCAUCAUUUAUGAACUUCCAUCAAAGCCACACGAAACUCUUAUUGGUGCAAUCUCUACGGAAAUCAUAAUGAGUUGUAGUCCUGUGCAUGGAACUGAUGCCAGUAUCGGGAAUCUCUGUGCAAUCCAAACUCGCGCCGACAAUUCUGUGAAAGAAGCGGAUUCAUGUUUUCGCCCUUCAAAACCACGAGUGCGGCCGCCAAAUGGGUGUGAUGGACAGGAUGAACCAUGGCCGAAUCUCGUCGUCGAAGUGGCGCAUUAUGAGAGUGAAGAGCAUGUCCUGGAAAAAGUGAAAGAUUACUGGUUAGGUAACCUUAGUCGUGUUCAUGACGCGAUCGUUGUUAAGAUUGAUAAAGUACCUCUAGGUCAAACUCCUUUACGGAUGCAAGCAUGGCAUUUUUGUGUCAGUGACAGACCCAGAAGAACAGCAGAUAUCCAAUCUCGGACUUAUUUUGAAUUUGGUACCCAUGACCAAUAUGGGAACUCGACAAAUAUUAUACCAGGUCAAUGUGUCAUCAAAAUUUCUUUGGAUUGUUUGUAUCAUGAUGCAUUUCCUAGAAUCACGAUUCAUCGACAACUUCUCCCGGAUCUAAUUGUAUUGGAUUUUCUGCUAAUCCGAGACGAAUUCCUCC